CAAGAAAAUUCAACAGCGCAACUGUCAAAAAACCAGCAAAACAAGCGAGAAAACGGUGACCGUUUUUUGGUCGGAAUUUCAUAGUGGAAAAUAGUGAUAUAAAUUGCAUUGAUAUCGGUUUUCUGGCUGCUAAACUGUGAUAUUUUGUGACGAAACUGAAACAAGUUAAUUAUUUCGUUCGAAAACGAUGGAAUUCGACUGGGACAACAUCAGCAUCGGGGAGCCCGCUUUGAAUACAUCCAACAGUUAUUUCUUUCGUGACAUCAAGAUGGAAAAGGGUGACGAACCGAAUCUGGACUGUGCGGCUUCGUCCAGUUCGUCGGGAAACAGUGCACGUAUACAUCAUCCGGACGACAAAGCGCUCCUGGAAGAGUACCAGCGCCACCAGGCCAAGACGAGACAGGGCGAAACGUGUGACCGCGCCUACCGGUAUGCCCAAGUUUACGAGAACAAACGGAAAGCCUUGCGCGAGAAGGAGGAGAAACAGCUGCAGGAGAUGAAGAAGUUCCACGCCCGGCCGGCGCCGAAUUUCAAGAGCGGGUCCAAGAAGGAGAACGCCCUGCCGAAGUUUACCAUUCCGGUGACGCCGAAGCAGAUGAAGCCGGAGCGAAUCAAGAAGCAUGCGCUGCAGGUUAAGAAAUUGGAGGACCGCACCAAAGAACCGGAACCCUCCAAAGAGUUCAAAGCGAACGAUGCCAAGGUGCUCAAGGAGGAACCCUUCAAGCCGGCCCUGGUCAAGACGGUGAUCAAGUCGGCACCGUUCGAGCUGAGAAUGUCGUCCCGGCUGCAGGAACGGAAGCAGAUCGAUGAGCAGCGGCAGCGGGCCAAGGAGGAGAAGGCCCGCCGGGAAGCGGAAGAAAAACGAUUGGCCGAGGAACGGGAACUGAAACUGCUGCGCAAACAGAAGGAGUUCAAAGCCAACCCCAAUCCGUUCAAGUAGGUAGAUGAUUUUACAACGUUUACAGUUCUGUAUUCUUUUUAUGUUUUACUUAUUUGUAACCAUAUUAGUCAUUAAUCUCCGUGAGACAUUACUCCGCCAUCGAAUACCUACGGUACAUUGCACUAACUUUAUAGGAACUUUAUGUAUGUACAUUCGAUCUACCUAGAAAUAAACAUAUUUACUAACUAAA